AUGUCAAUCAUCCAUCUCACCCCUCUUCUCCAAAGUCCUCGACUUCAGUUGACUAUGGGAAUCUUUGGUCUUUCUAUCAAGACAGAUUCUGAGGCUCACAUUUUAAUUGGUCUGAUACGAUCUUCGCAAGCUUCACUACAUACCAUAAUUCCCAUGAACAAGAUCAUAGCCUCCAAGAGGACUUCGAGAAAACGAACUGGAGGUUCCGAAGAGGCUUUGAUCGAACAAUUGAUGGCAAUGGAUUCUACUAGCGUAGCGGAUCUUGAAGCGAAAGCCGAAGAUGUGUUGAGUGCUGUUCGAAAAUCUCGGUCACGGUUGAGAAAGUUUCAUGAAGAUAGAGUUAGUGAGGCAGAUUGUUAG